CCAACAGGAGGUCCCAGCCAGUGAAACGGCGCGGGUGUCACCCUUAGACUUUCCUCGGUACAUCUCGUCCCUCUCCUUACCUCUGCCCUCUUACUGGCAGCCCAGGCACCAGCUGUUCUCUCGCGUGAUCUCGUCUACUCUUACCUGGGCCUCCACAAGAGGCAGCGAGGCUCUCAACGUGAGCUCUCAGUCUCCCUUCGUCAAGGACCGGCCUGUCCCCACCCUGGGUCUGCUGCCAUGGAAACAACGCCACCCAUAUGUCCACGGGGUUAAGAGCAGCAGGUUUGGCAGCCCGGGCUAUCCCUCACCCCUCGACAGGUUCAGAAACACACGAGACUCGCCACUUGGCAGCAAUGCCAGCUUCUCACACAUGCCCCGCUCCACCACAGUCGAGUCCAGGCUGCAGCAUGCAACCUCAGCCCCUCGCCUGAAUGUUAUGCCAGGCAAUGGUCUCUACAGCUUCAGCUUCUCUCCGGGGCUGUCCAAGGGGUCAUUUGGCACCUCUGAAAACAUCCCCUGUGGCCAUUGGUUAUUCCGUAACUUUGUGGGUGGUGGGAACUGUGGAGUUGUUUUCCCAACAACCAUCGUCAAUCCAAACAAAGCUGUCCUUACUCUUGAUUCCUCCUCAAGGGAUCGUGACUCAGAUCUUGACAGCAAAUGAUAUGUCAUCAUUGCUUCUUGGUCACUCAGAGGACGAAUUGUGUGGUAAAAUGAAAUUGACGGACUUCAUUGCAAAUCCCAGCACUAAACAGAAGCUUGGUUCGCUUGCCAGUCCAUGUCCCCCUGCAGAAACAGACAGCACGGAGACUUCCAUUCAUACCUUGCCUGACCCUGACAUACUAGAUAAUCAAGGGAUGGUGCUCUUCAGUGGUAAAGUGGUUAAUGUUGACACCUUCGACAAUGGCACGCUUCCCUGUUCACUCUGGCUGAAAGGUCUUCCACAUGAGGAAGAUGAAGAUCAGAGGUGGAUUGCAAUUUUGGAGCCAGUGGAUAUAACUGUAGCUAAGGCUUCGGUAGACGUGACUGGUCGCAUUCUUAAGCAUGAUUCUUCCUUUAGUACAUUAUUUGGGUAUGCAGAAAAUGAUGAACUCAACAAAUUUAAUGUUCGAGAACUCAUUCCAGCACUGGAGGUGCCCAAAUCUCCUCGGGAAAUAACAAAGGAUAUUGAGAAGCAACAGUGUACAGGACAGACGGUUGACUGUGCAACAUUCCCUCUGUGUGCACACUUCUCUUAUAAUAAGGCACAGACUGAUGAAGUUGUAAAGAAAAUAAUUUUUGAUCUUGAAAUUUGGGUUUUCUCAAACAUCAGUGGCUUAGUGAUGCUGGAUGAUUCUGGCAAGAUUAUUGAUUAUAAUUAUAAUUUCACAAGACUUUUGUUUGGGUAUGGCAAGAACGAACUCGAAGGAAAGGACAUCACCAGUCUCAUACCAACUUUUGUUGAUGAUGUCGCCUUAAUUCGGAAACUGAACAGUCCGUCCUUUGACUCUGACUCGGAUUCGACCAUCAGUGAUAAUGAAGAGGAGAACCAAAAGGAAAAUAGCAAAAGUGUCGGUGUUAACAAUUCCCAGGUGAAGAAGAGUCUGCCAGACAAGGAUGUGACCAUUUUUAUUUCUGAGCCUUCUUCCAUAACAACACCUGACCGCAGCAAUGUUACUACAGACAGUAAGCUCCAGGGUUCCCUCUAUACCACAACACUCAACACAUUCAAUUCAACAGGAAAUAGUACAGGCAAUGCUGAGAACAGUCAGAAUAUUAUACAGACAGGCAAGGCAAUGAGGGAUAUUACAAACUCGAUGAAUGUUCUCAACGUUAGUCAACAGGCUAACACAAACCAAUCGAGCUCUCCAAGCAUACACUCAAGUCCAAGUAAGCUGAGGCCAAGUCAUGAUCAUAGCAAUACUUCCAAUGCAAGUUUUCCCAAGGUACAAAGUGGAGGAUGUCCAAAUUUGCUUCCUGAAGAUGUAGUCACAUCAACUCCUGCUAUAGAACGAAAGAAAACUCAGAGCCGUAUGGACUCCAUAGAAGAAGGCAGUUUCUUUGGGGUUGGGAAACAUAAAGAUGGCUCUGACCUCGUGAUCAUCUACCAAAUUCGUCGCAUUGAGCUAAAUGGCAGGCCACAUUUUUGUGUGUGGAUAUUACGUGAUCCAGAGGAGCCGGGUGAGGGCGGUAAAUCCCAUACCAAUCUAACUCUAGCGUCUACGUUCAGUGAGACUACCGAGGCAUCUUUAGGCAAUGCUAUCAAAGCCCAAGCACAGAAGGAGGUGAUUGAUCUUGAAGAAGACUCUGAUUCAUCAGAUGAUGAUGUUGAGAACAGUCAGACUAGUACUGAUGGCAGUUCUGGGGCCGAGUAUUCCCUCAACCAUUCCAGGAGGGGUAACCGAGACACUUCUUCUAGUUGCCCAGAUGAGGGAGAAGAACUUCUAGUAGCAGGAGACUUCAGUAAACACUACACAGUCCUGCGGCAAAUUGGAAAAGGAGCAUUUGGAUGUGUCAAGAUGAGCGUCCACAAUAGUGAUGGUCUCUUGGUGGUAACUAAGUUUAUUAAGAAGAGUAAAGUGUAUCAGGACAGCUGGGUUGAUGACCUCCUUCUACGUAAAAGAGUGCCUUUAGAAGUGUCGCUUCUUAUGACCCUAGAUCAUCCCAACAUUGUAUGUGUGUUUGAUAUGUUUGAAAACGAUGAUUACUUUCAACUAGUAAUGGAGAAAUGGGGUGCAGGUAUGGACUUGUUUGAGUUCAUCGACCGUAAUCCACUACUUGAUGAAUCUCUUGCGGCUUAUAUCUUCAGACAGAUUGUCUCUGCUCUAACCUACCUUCACUCUCUGAGCAUCAUACAUCGAGAUGUCAAAGAUGAGAAUGUGAUAUUAAAUAACAAAUUCCACGUCAAACUCAUUGACUUUGGUUCUUCGGCGUUUACCAAACCUGGCAAGUUGUUUUCUCAGUUUGCCGGAACUGUGGAAUAUUGCAGUCCUGAAGUGCUUAAAGGAAACAGGUACAGUGGCUAUGAGUUAGAAGUUUGGUCCCUAGGAGUUACCCUCUACACUCUGAUGUAUGGAGAAAACCCUUUUUACGACGUUGAUGAAACUAUCAAAGGCGACUUAACCUUCCCCGUAGUGCAUUCACAUGAGCUGUGCUCCCUUCUGACGGGGAUGCUGGAGAAAGACCCCAGAGCUCGUAUGACCAUGGAUGAAGUGGCGGCACAUCCGUGGACACAACUGGAGUGUAAUUUGGAGGAAUAUGUUUUCCAUGAGGUUGUCAGAUGUUCAUACGAUGAAUGCCACCCCAAGAAAUACAUCACCGAAUACAGUGAGAGUGAUACUUCAAUAUCCACUGCUUCCAAUAGUUUUAUCUAUGAGAAUACUAUGCAAUAUACCAGAAGGUCUCUCUCCUUCACUCCACAGGGUAGCCAGAAUGAUAAUGAUCAUGUACGUAUGCAACGCUCGGCUACCUCCAUAAGUUCUUCCCAAUUAACAUUAGAGAACUCUGGGGAAGAGGUGCCAGUUUAUGACUUGUCGGAGUCAGCCGGAGCAUCAAGAACCUCCAGCUCUCAAUCUGCAUCAUCUAUGAGAAGUACAAUAACAGUGGAUUCCUCUUCGUUUUCGUGCUGUUCACCAUCUUCGGAGUCAUGUGAGAGCAGCGAGUCAUCCACACAAUUAGAAUCAACACCAUCAUCUACCUCAGCUACAUACUAUGACAACUUGAGCAGCACCGACACUCUUUCUGGCCAUAGUUCAGAAGACAGUAUUAACUUGUCCUCAGCUUUGGCAAAAUAUUGUAGACUUGAGAACUCUGAAGAUGUGGCCGACUCCAACUAUGAGAAUAAAAGGGAGUGCAGUAAGUUGGACUCUGAGGAUACAGAGUGCUUUAGUGACUCCAAAUCAGAGAAUACUAAAGAAUAUGAUGACUCUGAAUAUGAAAAUAUUAAGGAUGUCAUAAAUUCUGAUUAUGAAGACGCCUUGGUGAGUGUAGAGCCUGACUUUGAAAAUGUCAAGCGUAUGGGUGAUUUAGGCUUUGUAAAUGCACAAAUAUUUGACAAUUCCAGUGCUGAGAACACAAAAGAUUCAGAUAAUUCUGAUUUACAGAAAGCUAUGGAAGAUUAUAGUGCCAGCUCAAAAAAACAGAGUAAAAUCUUUGACUUUAGAGAGAAAAUUAAUGGUGAAAACUCUGGAGGAAACCCCUUACCAGAUAUAGAUAAUGCAAAGGAUGUAGAGUUUGAUCAAUUAUUAGAUCACCAGAAUGAAAUGGAUCAUACUAAGUUAAGACACCUGUGGGAAGGGAAUUCUUUAGAGUUUGAAAUGAAGUACAUGAAUAGUGAGCCGUCAGAGUACGAAGGUGAUCAGUGGUAUGAUGAUGUUAAUCUGGCCUUGCCUGAUCCAUUCGAUUCAUGGUGGGAUGAUCUUGAUUUAGAUAGUCCAUAAUUCUGGAACAAAAUCUGACAUAACCCUCAGGUAUUUAAUGAGAUACUGUACUAGUCUGAGCCAAUGUUUUCCAUCAGAAGUGGACCGUUUAAUUGGUUAUCCUCCUAUUGCUUUACUGUCCUUGGUAUAUUUUAGAUUCUCUUAGAUGUUAUGUCUUUGGUGGGGUUGUCAACAUGUGCAAGGAUUAGUUCAAUUUUUCAUUCUACAUUGUGUUUCACACGGGAUCUGAAGGUAUUAUAUAAUUUUCUUAAGUUCUUUUAGAUUGAUGUAUUAAAUAUCAUGUUGCUUGCAGACCAUCCAAAGUCUACAUGCUUCUAUCUGUUAUCUUGCAAAUUUAAGAAUAAAGAUAAGAUAAAGCUGAGAGCAGUGAGUUAAUGGACAUAGCUCAUACGUAAUCUCUACCGAGCACAAUACUGGUAAUCAUAAGUUUUAAUAUUUUGUGUACAUAGUAAGAUGGGUAUAUUUUCUUUGUAGAAAGUUAUUAAUUAUUAAAAUACAUCUACUUUCUUUGAAUGAACAAUUUUGUAUGAGCUUAUUUUUCCCCUGUCAAAAGAUAAUUGCAUGUUAAGCUUAUAAAGAAACCUAAGGUGCUUUUUAAUGCUGACCCAUUAUGUAAAUAGU